AUGAGUGGAAUCCUGAAGAGGAGGCAUGAGGAGGAUACCUCCCCUUACCUGUCCCUGCAGGGCUGCCAUGACAACGAGGUGUCCUGCAGCGACAGCGGUAACAGCAGCGACAGCCUCAACCACCCGGUCCCUGCCCGCCACGACGACGACAGCGGCCAGCCCCAGGCCCUGCACCUCGCCCCGAAGCGGGCGCGGCCGGGCCGCGGCGUGCGCUUCGAGAGCGUCACGGUGUACUACUUCAGCCGGCGGCAGGGCUUCACCAGCGUGCCCACGCAGGGUGGCAGCACGCUGGGCAUGUCACCGCGCCACUGCUGGGUACACCGCUUCACCCUGCGGGAGUUCGCCCUGGAGCAGGAGCGCAGCCACCGCCGGAUGCUAAGGCACCACCUCAGACAGGAGAAGCUUAACGCCGUCAAGCUCAAGCUGGCCAAUAGCGGCGCGGUGGCGUCCAAUGCGCUGACGCUGGACGACGUCUCCGAGGACGACAUGCCCCCGGAGCACGGCGGUGGGGGCGUGGUCGGCGGCGUCAGUGGCGUCGGUGCGGGCGCCGGCGUGGAGGUGGAUGAGUACUUCUUCCUGCAGCCGCUGAGCACCCGGCGGCGCCGCGCUCUGCUGCGGGCGUCGGGCGUGCGGCGCAUCGACGGCGAGGAGCGCCACCAGCUGAGGGCGCUGCGCGGGUCUCGGGAGGAGUGCGGCUGCCGCUGCCGCGGGGCCUGCGACCCAGAGACCUGCGCCUGCAGCCUGGCCGGCAUUAAGUGCCAGGUAAAUGGAGCAGUGGUGGACCGCAUGUCCUUCCCGUGCGGAUGCACCAAGGACGGCUGCGGCAACGCCACGGGCCGGCUGGAGUUCAACCCGGUUCGCGUGCGGACCCACUUCCUGCACACCAUCAUGAAGCUGGAGCUGGAGAGGAGCCGCGAGAUGCAGCAGAUGCAGCAGCAGCAGCAGCAGCCGGUAACCAAUGGCAACGGUUACCAUGGAGACCCCUCCCCUCUGGCACAGCAGCACCAGCCAGUGUUCACAACGCUGGCCAAUGGCGGCGUGCCGCACGUUCCCAUCAUGCAUCUGCACGAGGCGGGCGAGGCCGCGGACGUGCGCCUGCAGGACGAGGUGGAGGAGGAGGAGGAGGAGGAGGAAGAGGAGGAGGACGAGGAGGAGGACAGCGAGGAGGACGAGGAGGAGGAAGAGGAGGAGGAGGAGGAUGAGGCCUACGAGGACGAGGAGGACAGCAGUCUGUGCAGCGGGCUGUCAGACUGCAGCACGCACAGCCUGGAGACAAUCGAUCCUGACGAGGAGGACGAGGAGGAGGACUACGAGGAAGACGAGGAGGACGACGACAACUACGACGACGAGGAACGGGAGAACAACGAGGAAUGGGAGUGCUCGCUGGACUCGGCCAGCCCGCCGCCCUUCUCGCACACCGAGGUGGUCCCGCUCUCCUCCGUGCUUGGCUUCUCCAGAAACUCGCCUAUCGCGCGGGUACCAAGGACACGCCGCCCCGUGGCCGAGACCUCUCCCUCGCCACCCUGGAGCCGCCGACACCGGCGCCCCAAACCGGUGCUGGUUUCGGGGGCCACGGAGAUGGAGGUGGUGGUGAAAAGGGCACUCCCAUCGGCAGGAUGA